UGUUGCGCUGCAGUCACUUUGGGAAGUUUUCUUGUUCACCCGAGCCAAGAGCCGCAUGGCUCACGGGCGCUCUACACCUCAUGAAUGAAAUGAAAAACUGAAACCUUCACCAGCCCGCCCCAAACAUCGCUCGUCAUUUCCCCGCACGGACGUCGUCUCGUUGAGCAGCUUCGUCGCGGGAACCUCCCUCCGCCUCCUCCUCCACAACAGAGGAAACAUUCUAGUGUGAAGUACACGGGAGCGAGUGGAUCAGGGCUAGAGAAAUGGCUGCAUCGAAGGACCAGCUGGAGAAUGAGCUGACGUGCCCCAUCUGCUUCCAGUACUACCGAGACCCCGUUAUUUUAAACUGCAAGCACAGCUUCUGCAGGGAAUGCAUCCUCAAAACCUGGGAGCAUGGGCCCAGCAACUGCCCCCACUGCCGCAUGUUGUUUUUCUUCAUGGACAGACAAGAGAUGGAGCGGAAGCUGGAGAAGAACUUCCAGCUCGCCAACAUCGUGGAGAGCUUCGCCUCCUUAAAAUUAAGCACUCCAGCUCCUAAGCCGGCUCCAAAGAAAAAAAAGAGUUCAAAAAGUGUCGCCAGCGUCGUCUUAGUGCCUAAAGAUGUGUCGGUUAAUAAUACUCCCAUCAUGUGCGAUUGGUGCGUUGGCGCAAAGAGGCAAGCCGUCAAGACCUGCCAACUGUGUGCAGUCUCCAUGUGUCAGGAGCACUUGGAGCCGCACCUGGUCAACGUGACCUUUAGGCAUCACAUCCUGGUGAAACCCUGCAAACCCGUGAAGCACAGACUCUGCCCCGAGCACAGAGAGCCUCUCAAGAUGUACUGCACACAGGACAAUGCGUGCGUGUGCACUGUCUGUUGCAUUGCAGGAAAGCACCGUGGGCACGAGCUCAUGCCGAUUGAUGAAUUUGCUACCAGUAAGAAGGCAAAGCUGUACAGUGACCUUCAAAAUCUCAAUUCAGCUAAGGGCACAGACAGCAAAAAGCUGGAUAUUCUAAAGAAGACGGAGGAAAACGUGAAGAAAGCGUCGGUGGAUUUUAAGAAGAAAAUCACCAGCUCGCUGGAGGCAGCGGUGACGGAGCUGCAGACUGAGCAUGGGCGUAUACAGCAACUUGCCAUAACGGAGGAGAGUCACGUGCUUCAGAAGAUUACCAGGCAGAUCUCCCAGCGCGAGAAGAGCAUUGAAGAGACGCUUGCCAUUAAUGGCGAAGUACAGGCACUGAUGAGACACGAGGAUGACAUUACAUUUUUGGAGGAGUCUCAAGCCAUGGAGGAAAGGAUCAAAAAGGCAAUGAAGAGCCAGCCCGAAGCACAAAUUGUGACGAAAGACCUCUUUGCCAAUUUGAAAGGCUCUAUUGCAGAGAUAACCUCUCAAAUCACGGAGUGGAAGGAUCGAAACCAAAUGAUGAUGUCUUUCAGGAACAUCGCCGUGGAUUCAGACACAGCCCAUUUCCACCUUGAAGUCGCCAAAGACAGGAAGAAAGUAUGCCUGCCAAGGUUCCAAAAUAGAAAGGAGAUCGCCGAUAUACCCCAGAGGUUUUCGUUUUGGCGACAAGCAUUGAGCUGCGAGAGCUUCACGUUUGGGCAGCAUUACUGGGAAGUUGGUGUGGAAGAGAGCAAUGAGUGGGCCGUAGGAGUUGCCUACAGCUCCUUGCCGAGAAAAGGGAAAGGUGCCUUAAUCGAGCUGGGUGGGAAUGAUAAAUCAUGGUGUCUUGAGAAUAAUUCUGGUGCCGUGACGGUCAAUCAUCGAGCGGAUAAAGAGACAUUGCAGAUUAACGAUAACCUCAAGAGGAUUGGUGUCCUGCUGAAUUGUGAUAAAGGAACUGUUGCCUUUUACAAUGUAUGUUUAGUUAAGACGCACCUGCAUACAUUCAGCACGGCAUUCACAGAGCCAGUGUUUGCCGCUUUUAAAGUCAUGAGUGGGACAUUGACCAUGUGCUCACCGUGAAGUCAUCAUAUUAAUGUUACUUGAAAUGUAGCACCUUUUUAACAUGGAGGCUUUCACGACCAAUAUCCAUGUGUCGUAUGCCCACUUCCACCAGACAGCAAAUUAGUGAGGUUUUUUUUUUACGAAUUGGAGAUGCAUUGUGUUUUAGAAUGCUUGUCUGUAGCUUCAGACCAGCAAUCUAACCCUGAUUUUACUGUUCUGUUUAAAAUGGGCGACAAGCUUUUUCACAGUCAAUUCAUUUUCUUAUGGGUAUGCAAUGCUGCAACAGUAAUGGUAACAAUGCUAAUAUUUCGAUUUAAAGCUUUCGUGACUGCAGGGAUUCAUAUUCUUGGUUCUUUCGGUAAAGUCAUGUAGAAGGAAAAGAAUAAUAUAAUCAAAA